CCAUCUCAAGUGUGUUGUCGGUUCUGCUAUUACCAGGGGACUGAAAAGGCCGCCGAAACGACGCAGGCAAGAUACCUAGUCGAUGCUUGUGUUUAGAGCUUCCUCUCCUACUAGAAUUAUGACGAACUCAACGGACAAGGUGCCCGCGGGGCAAUUGAAUUCAAAUGCGACAGAAAGAUCGUCAACAUUGGACAACAAGUCUGUCUCAGAAUCUGCUCAACAAAGCGUUACAAGUUCUUUGGGCGAGAUUUCCUCACGGCCGGAAGUUAUGCACCGCCAUACCAAACCAACUACUUAUACGACCCCGGACAACCACGGGACGGUACCGUCCAUAUUGAACAUGAAUGACAUGAGAGCCAUGUUGCCGAUGCCCACAUAUCUGUACGACCACUAUCAUCAUAUGCCGCAGCAAUUCGUCCCGACAGCUCAUCCGCACGGUGUCUUGUACCCACUACAUGCACUACAAUCAUAUCCUGGCACACACCCAAACCCCAAUCCCGCCCCCUACAACUAUCAAUUUCCGCAGGCGUAUGCUCAUUAUGGUCAAGCACAGCCUCAAAGUGCACCCCAAACCCAGAACUCUGGAUAUCAUUCGCUGAACACAACUUCUCCGACCCACUUUGGGAUCCCGGUUAGCAACCAAAUUGUCGGGCAUGGACAUCACUAUCAACAGCAUUAUCAGGGUCCGACCCAAGCCUCAUCGCCUGCACGUGGUCGAGAUCCUCUGCACACCCCAGUCCAUGUGGGAACACACAGUUCUCCCGUAACGCAAAAGCCGGCUACCACAACACAGCCACCUCCCGGCGCCAGGUUGCAGGCCCUGAACAUGGACUACGACGUCUCCAAGACCAUUGUGGACGGGUCGACCCCUAUGAAGUCAGCAUCAAUCCAUUCUUCGUCUACGGAUUCCACCUCGCUCCGCCCAACUCAGACCCCAUCAUUAAUCCCACGAGGACCACCAAGGAAACCGAAACAGUCUGGCCACGCGUUGUGGGUUGGCAACCUACCCCCCGGGACCAAUAUCGUCGAUCUCAAGAACUACUUCUCCCGAGAUGCCACGAAGGACGUGGAGAGUGUGUUUCUCAUAUCGAAGAGCAAUUGCGCCUUCAUCAACUACAAAACAGAAACGGCUUGCAUCACAGCACUAGAGAGAUUUAACGAUUCUAGAUUUAACGGGACCCGUCUGGUCUGCCGGCUGCGGCGAGGCCCAAUGACCCCUGCCUCCAAUCUCGACCCCUUUGGCCCUUCGACUCUCGUGCAUAAUGGCGACAGCCGGAUGGUCACGGAUAAUCCGGGGGGGCUAAGAAGUUCUACCGGCUCGAAAGGCACAACCGGAAGCGAGCCAAGUUCAUGGGUUCCUAACCGAUACUUUGUCGUCAAGAGUCUCACCGUCGAAGACCUUGAGUUCAGCCGACGCAGCGGGAUUUGGGCGACACAGUCUCACAAUGAAGACUGCCUGAAUCAAGCGUACGAGAGUGCGGAUAAUGUUUACCUGGUAUUCUCCGCCAACAAGUCCGGGGAAUACUACGGGUACGCACGGAUGGCAUCGCCGAUCCAAGAGGACGACGCUCUGAUGCUGGCGAUGCCUCCUCGGCCGGACCAUGUUCAUCCGGAACCCCCGACACUCGACAUGACACCAACCCCGGCGACGGAAACGGCGCCCACCGGACGGAUUAUCAACGACGCCGCACGCGGUACGAUCUUUUGGGAAGCUGACUCGUCCUCGGACGAGGAGGAUGUGAAGAGCGAGAGAAGUGGCGGAGACGUCGUCGAAGACACGGCCGAGCCGGGGUUUCAGUCGAUCGGCAGUCCAUUCCGGAUUCAAUGGCUGUCGACCGAGCGGGUUCCGUUCCAUCGCACCAGAGGCUUGCGAAAUCCCUGGAAUGCCAAUCGGGAGAUCAAAAUCGCGCGGGACGGCACGGAGAUUGAACCGAGCGUUGGGGCGCGACUGAUACAGCUAUUCCACCCUCCUGCGGGUCGAGGAUGAUAUACAGCGUACUUCCUGUUGGGCAGUGUGUGUGGAUACAGUCGAUAUACGGAGUAGAGUAGUCGAGAGAUAAGAUAGAUAGAUAGAUCUAUGAUAUCCAUGGUAUAUUACCUCCCAUGAGUCGGACCGAUGAAUCAUCCCGAGGCUAGACCCGUUGCGGCCGGUCAGCGGAUGGGAUUUUGUGGGGUAAAAU